AUGCCUACUAUUGCACCUAAUGCAUCAGCUCAACGUCAAGCUUUGGAAUUAAUUCAAGAUGCAAAAUCUAAAAUAAGUGAAUAUGAAACCCUAUUGAUUCAUACUACACGCAAACAAAAUACAAAUCAGACCUUUGCACAACCUUCAAUCGAAUCUACAACUGACAUGUUAUCCGCUCACUUAAUUUAUCCUUCAAGUUCCACAAUGACAUAUUUGUCUGCAGAAGAAGUUAAUAAAACGUUAGAUUCUUUUGAUACCCAACAAAUUAAAUUAAGUAAUGCAGCCAUUUUGGAAGACUUUACCAAUUUACUUUCUCUUGGUCUUUCACACAAAUUCGAAACUUCUAAUUUACUGGAGGCACUUUCUGAUAUCGAAUAA